AUGAAUACAGGUGGUGACGAAGCUUGGAGUAGUGAAGAGUCAGAGCCUGAAAAAGAUGUUAUUAGAGACAGAACUAUUGCUUGUGAUGUUGAUUUACUUGAUAACAAACGUGAUGAGAAUAUACCAGAUGUACACUAUGAUCCUUAUUUUUACCCAUCUAUAAAAACUUUUACUGAACAAACCAAUCUUUUUCAAGAACAAAAUCCCGAACCGGAUCGAAUACAUAUGAAGCCGUGGACUCCUAUCACUGAAGACGAAUUAUGGAUAAUGAUUGCUUUAUCAAUAAACAUGGGUCAUGUUGUAAAAGGGCAACUAAAGGAUUAUUGGAGCCAAGAUCCACUGCUGUACACUCCAAUAUACGGCGAAAGUCUAUCUCGAAAUAGAUAUCUUCAAAUUUUACGAUACCUUCACUUUUCUAAUAAUGAAGAAGUUUCCAAUCAUCCUUUGAAAAAAAUCAAACCAGUGAUAGAUCAUUUGAUAAAAAAGUUUGGUAAUACUAUUAUUACUGGUGAAAAGCUUUGCAUUGACGGAAGUUUAGUCUUAUGGAAACGGAAGCUAAAAUUCAAACAAUUUUUACCAUUGAAUAGACACCGAUUUGGUAUGAAGAUAUUUGAAUUAGCAGACUACGAAACAGGAUUUCUCUUAGAUUUUAUAACAUUGCGACCGCAGGUCGUAGGACCCGAGCCACCGAAACAAAUUCUGGCCGAGAAUGAGGAGAAACCACGGGACAACGCAGAGCAGAAGAUUCUGUCGAGAUGCGUCACUAAAACCACGUCGGGAGACCAGGACAAAGCCAAGAAUAGGGCGGCGACAAAAAGAGAGAAAAGAGCAAAGUCUGUAAGCUGA